AUAAACAUCAUACGGAAUAUCAAUUACACUCAUAAAUCCAGUUUUUCAUGGGCUUUAACCUGGUAUAAAUACUUUCUGAUAUUAUCUGUCCUUUAGGUUGUAGAAGGGGGAGGCAAAGAUUAUGUGGCACCCUUUAAUGAUCAAAUCAAUACAACAGUAGGACAUUUAAUUAAUACUGAUUCAACAACAGCAUCACAAUAUCAAUCAAUGACUAUCAAUGAUAAUAAUACGACUGAAUUAAAAAUUAUUUUAUGUUGCAUAUGUGAACAAUCAAAUCUAUUUCAAUUUAAAGAUUUAGUACAAUGUGGUGGAUUCCAAUAUCUUAAUCAAAUAUUGAACGAUAUAUCAGAAACAUUAGUUGAUAUCAUCAAUGAUAAACAACAUACAUUUCCAGAAUUUAUUCAAGGUUUUUUAACGCCAAUUAUGUAUUUAUUGAAACGACAACCAAAUUUAGAUGAUUUUCUCAAUACAUUAAAAUUUAAAUAUGUAGAAAUGCAACAACGUAUGAAUGAUCAAUCAAAAGAAACAAUAAAUCUAAGUUUACGAAUGUUAUUACAUGUUUUAUUUAUGAAUUCUGAUUUAUUUUUAAGACGAAUUCUAAUGUCUUUAUUAAGUAAACGUAAUCCUGUACCAUUUAUUUCACCAAAUAUUGUUCAUGGGAAUAAAAAUGAACAAUAUGAAUUUGUCCUUGAUAUAAUUCAUGUAUGGAAUUAUACAAGACCAACGAUAUUAUCAUUUGGUAUUGGUCCAUGUCAUGGUAAAUCAACAUUAUUAAAUAAAUUAUUUAAAUCGACAUUCGAACAAAGCGUUAAUAGUAUUUAUUUUCAACAAACAAUUGAUAUUGAUUUUCGUUAUAAUUUUUUUGAUUCUGAACAAAUAAUAAAUAUUGCUGAUACACAUGGUCAAAUAGAAAAAAAAUUAUUACGUAAAAUUCACAAAUUAUUUGAUGAAUUUUUAAUACAAAUUGAUAAAACAUAUUUCGAUCAGCAACCAAAAGCUUUACUUGAAUAUAUUGAACUUUUAUCAGAAGAAAAAUUUCAAAUGAUUAUUAUACGUGAUACACCGAAACAAAGUUUACAAGAAUGUUCACUGAAAAUUAAUACAACACUGAAACAAUCUGAAUCGGAUUUAUCACAACAAUUAUAUGUUUAUCCAUUAAUAAACAUUUCCAAUACAGAUAAUCGAAAUAGUGUCUUAGCUAUUGAACAUUUACGUAAAGAAAUAUUUAAAAAAAUAAACGAAAAAAUACAAAUAAUCAAUGAUAAAGAUGAAAUAUUACUAAACUUACAAAAGCUGAUGGAAAAAGAUUAUGCUGAAUCUUUGAAAAAAAUGAAUAAAAUAAUUCAACCAUUAAAAAGUUGUUUAUUACAAAAGAACGAAUAUCAAAAUCAACAAAACUUUCCAUUAUACUUAAAGUUUCAAGAAUUAUGUAAAUUACGACGAGAACUAAAACGAUUUAGUUUUUAUGAAGAAAGUAAAACUAUAUUAGAAAUUCAUAAAAAAAUAUACGAAUUAGAAAAUGAAUUAGAUCCGCAUACAAAAACAUCUUCAUCAAUUAAAUGCGGCUAUGUUUUUUAUUCAUUCAUUGAAGUAUUCAAAUCAGACAAUAUGUUUAGACUUAUGAGUUUAGACUUAUUAUCAUCAGAAUUGAAAUAUGAAUUAUCAAGUUUGAGUGGUAAUAAAUCGAUCAGUGAUUUAUCAGUUGAAAAUGCAUUUUUAUCAUUAGAUGUACUUUGGAGAAAUUCAAUUGUUUGUUAUGGUCAUGCUACAAAUGAUAUACAAAAUUUAAUAACAAAUUCUUAUAGUGAUUUUGUUGCAGCUGGUUUCCCAUUUGAAAUAAUUGACGGUGAUAAUUUUCAUUUUCAACAUGAAUUUUUAAGAAAAAUUUUUAACAAAAAUUUCAACAAUUUUGCUUUCGAACGAAUAUUAGUUAUUAGUAUUAUUGGUUCACAAAAUACUGGGAAAAGUACAUUAUUAAAUUAUACAUUUGGUACAUUAUUUGAUGUCAGAGAAGGACGUUGUACAAGAGGUAUUUAUGGUUCUUUAGUCAAAUCGAAUCGACGGGAUUUUGAUUAUAUUUUGCUUAUUGAUACAGA